AUGGCCUUCCGCGCGCACGUGCUCGCCGACUUCGAGGCGGAGGCGGAGGGUGAGCUUUCGGGUGGCUUCGUGACGGAGGUGCGGGCAAUGCGCGGCACUGCCGGCCUCGGCCUCGAUCUCGACAACCAGAACAUCGUGCGGCGCAUCUCGCCCGGGUCGAUGGCGGAGCAGCAAGGCGCGCGCGCUCAUCCGCUCGCCGGAGUGGACGGCCAGACUCUGCGUGGCGGUGUCGCCAAUGGAGGCCAGUCGGUCAUGGCCCCGGGGCAGCCAGCAUACCGCUUCAAGAUCUACCGGCCCCCGUUUGACGAGUCGCGGCAGGCUGCCCUCUCCAAAGACUUCAUGUGGGAGGCGGCGUCUUAA